AUGAAUUCUUCCACCUCGGCGGCCGCGCCAGAAUCGCCCAGCCAGGCAGACCUGGCGGCCGUGGACACCGGGCCCCAGCUGAACAUUACGGUCUGGGGACUGACGGGCGUCGCGACAGCGUUCUUUGCCGUGCGGCUGUACUGCAAGUUAUUACGAAAGCGCCGUCUGCGGUGGGACGACUGGGUGCUGGCGGCAGGAUGGUCGGCGUGCGUGCACUACGGCCUCGGGCUCCACGGCCGCUUCAUCAAGCCGGAAAACCUCGACAACCUGCUCUUCUACUCGUACGCCGCGGGCUUCGCGUCGACGCUCGCGGCGGCGUGGACCAAGUCGUCGUUUGCCAUCACGCUGCUGAGCAUCUCGGACGGCCGCACGCGGCACGUCGUGUGGUUCGUGCUCAUCUCGGUCAACGUGGUGCUGGGCCUCAACGCGACGCUGCAGUGGGUGCAGUGCUGGCCGCCGGGGCGGCAGUGGCACCCGGGGGCGCCGGGGACGUGCUGGCUGGGCAGCCAGCACAGCCGGGCGUACAACAUCUUUGUGGCCGCGUACUCGGGCUGUGCGGACAUGGUGCUGGCGGUGGUCCCGUGGAAGAUCCUGUGGCACAUGAAGAUGCGGCAGGCGGAGAAGGUUGCCGUGCUGUUUGUGAUGAGCAUGGGCGUGUUUGCCGGCAUCACGUCGUUUUUGAAAAUCAUGUCGCUCGAUGCGAUUGGGAACGUGGAUCUCAUCACCACGGUCAACCUGUUCAUCUUUGGCACGGCCGAAGGCGCCAUUACAAUCAUGGCAGCGUCAAUACCCAUUGUGCGCGCUCUGCUGUAUUCCGAUGCACGACAAUGA